UAAAAAUAAGACCGCGGCACAUCGGUCUUCCUAAGGGACAGUGUGGCUGCUUUUCAUUUUUCUCUUUUUUUCUAUGUCGCAAGAAUUGGGUAAAAUAUUGGUAGACGUUAAUUUUGGCAGUGGUUAAGGGAUCUCUGCAACGACUGCAUCUGACAAAGUGGUGUCGGUGUCGUGGUUAAUCUGAGCCUGUCAAAGGCGCAGCCAGCAGGCUUCGCCGUCCAUCAGGUAUAUCGGUUUUACCCCGUCAAGCAUGAUGGAAUCCUGUUUGAGCCUGAAACCGGAACGAGCGGAGUCCGUGGUUGUGGAGGAUCUGAAGAAGGACCUGUUGGCCGACUUCUCCGCUAUACCUUCUGGUGUGACAGAGAAAGAACAUUUGCAGGUUUACCUUCGGGUCCGUCCGUUUACGUCUGCGGAGCUUGACAGUGGUGAAUCACAGGAAUGUGUCAAGAUCGAACUCCCAGACACCGUUUUAUAUAAGGCUCCAAGACCGUCCCUGUCUGCACGGUUAAGUGAUAAGUCUGUUUCUCAGACUGCUCAGAGAUUUCAGUUCUCACAGGUCUUUGGUCCAGAAACAACACAGAAGGAGAUAUUUGAUGGCACAGUUAAAGGUCUCGUCAAAAAUGUUCUUGAAGGUGGAAACACUCUGGUGUUCACAUAUGGAGUUACCAAUGCUGGGAAGACCUUCACAUUUUUAGGUUCCGAUUCGGAUGGUGGAAUUCUGCCAAGGUCUUUGAACUUGAUCUUCAGCAGCAUCGAAGAACGCAUCUACACGCAGAUGAACAUCAAGCCUCAUCGAUGUCGAGAAUUUACAAGGCUGACUAAAGACCAGCAGGAUGAAGAAACUGCAAACAAAAGAAAUAUUAUGAGGUUUUUCAAAGAGAGUGAGUGCCAGAAAAGCAUGACCAGCCAGCAGAGUACCUGCAGAGCAACCCUGCUUGAAGGAUCGACAACGAGCAACACUGGUGUAUUUGCGGAGGAGAAUAGCUUCAGUCUGGAUGUGGACAGUCACACAAAGUUUUCAGUCUGGGUUUCUUUUUGUGAAAUCUAUAAUGAAAACAUCCAUGACUUGCUCGAGCCUGUUUCGGGCAGUUCAAUGAAGAGGAGUAUGUUACGCCUGUCUCAGGAUGUCAAGGGCAAUUCUUUUGUGAAAGAUCUCAAGUGGAUUCAAGUAAAUGAUGCAGACGAAGCCUACAGAGUCUUAAAACUUGGCAAGAAGAAUCAGAGCUUCUCCUGUACGAAACUCAACAACCUUUCGAGCAGAAGUCACUGCAUAUUCUCCAUUCGGCUGAUUCGCAUAGAAGACGUGGGGAUUCCCCGUGUCCAUACAAUCAGCGAGUUAUCACUGUGUGAUUUAGCAGGUUCAGAGAGAUGCGGCAAGACCCAUAAUAAAGGUGAUCGCUUGAAAGAGGCCGGCAACAUCAACACUUCGCUGCUGAUUCUCGGAAAAUGCAUUAAUGCAUUAAGGCGCAACCAACAAUCAAAAUUCCAGCAGCACGUCCCCUUCAGAGAGAGCAAGCUAACCCAGUACCUGCAGGGCUUCUUCUGUGGCAGGGGAAAAACCUGCAUGAUUGUCAACGUCAACCAGUGUGCCUCCAUGUUCGAUGAGACCCUGAAUGUCCUGAAGUUUUCUGCUGUCGCUCAGAAGGUGGUCGUCCUCAACACCAAGCCUCUCCCCGUCGUUCCCAAGAAGUCUGUGAGGGAGGUAUCGUUCAUCAUCGAUAGUGCUGACCAAAGGAACCUGUGGGCCAAGCGGAAGAGUUCUUUAGUUGGCUGGGAGAGGAGUUUGGAGGAUGUCCAAGAAGAUGAUGAUGAUGGUGGUGGUGGUGAUGAGGAUGAUGAUGCUGGUGGUGAUGAGGAAAGCUACGCCGAGAGUAUGAUGGAAGACACUAUUCAAGAAGCAGAUGAGACAGAAAUUGAAAGGGAAACGUACAGCAAGUUGGUGUCUCUGACACAGGAACUGCAGGCAAAGCUUUGUAAAGCAGAAUCUGAGAAACUGACGCUAGAGAUAUGUAUUCGUGAAGAGGUCACCAAAGAGUUCAUGGAGUUAUUUUCCAAUAUGGAAAAGGAUUACAACGAGCGUCUCUUGAAAGAAAAGGAGAUCAUAGAGGAAAGGGCUGAGAAACGGAUGGAAAUUUGGAAGACCUUGGUGAACAGAAUUGCUGGUGAAGAGUCAAAGGAGGAUAAGCUGGUUUCCAUGGACGAGAUAAUCGAGACUAUGCAGGAUGACCUGGCUAAAAUUAAGAGGGAUGCAGAGGCAGCCCAUGUAUGUCUCAGUUUGCCUGAUCCGAGCAGCACUGUCGCCAGUCUGGAGAAACGGCUCGCCGACCUGUCGGAGGAACUUCUGAAAACGCAAGAGCUCCUCACUUUCAAAUCGAAUGAAACGCAGCAGACUUGUGACCAGCUAGAUGAAACGAAGAGGAAUCUGGAGGCCAAGACUCUGAAGUUUCAGGAGCUGAUGGAGAUCUGUCAAGAGAAGGAUGAUAUGAUCACCAAGUUACAAACCGCUAUGGACCAGCAUGUUGAAACAAUCACGAAUGGCAGGAUCUUUAUUGAUGAUAUCAAGGAGGAAAUGCUGCAGCUGCAGAAGAACUGCAGGUGUUUAAAUCGAGAAGGUGAGAGCUCCCAGAAAGAGGGCAAGAAGAGGUCAGGGAACUUCCCAACGGACCUCGACGGAGAGCCGCCCCUCAAGAAAGCUCUUGAGGAGGACCGGUGUGUCUCCCCCACCCAUACUGACAAACUGCAAACUGAGUGUGAUCAAAAAGACGUAGAGCUCAUGCAGUUGCGUGAGAAGUGCAAAGGACUGCAGGAGAGAAUGGAGUCUGCAGAAGCAGAUUUUCUCAAUGCCAUAACACUAAAGGACGAGCAGAUGGAUCAGCUUAAAGAGAGCCAGUUAUUGCUCGAGGGAAAAGUCGAGAAACUCGUCAAGGACUUGUUGGAGCAGACGUGCGCUUGUGAGACUGCUAAGGCAUCCCUGUGCGUGGAGCAGAAAGAGAAGGACAGACUUGCGGAAGAACAUGAAGCUCUGGGCAAAGAGAAAGAUGGGUGGCAGCAGGAAUCUAAGAACAUGGCUAAGAAGAUCGAUGCACUACAGCAAGAGCUUGAUGAGGAAAAGAGGAGAGUGGAGACAGUCACCGAGGAGUUAAAGGCUGCUAAAGUGCUCCUGGUGGAGCGCAAUAAUGAUUCUUGGGAGAAGGCAAAGACUAUAGAGUCCCUAACCAAGGAAACUGAUGCUCUUAAAAAGCAACUGGAAGAACAAGGAGCGCUCUCAUCGAGUGGGAACUGUGACCAUUUCCAUGAAACGAUGGCUGCCUUGCAGCAGGAGUGCGGGAAGGUGGUGAAGGAAUCUGCUCAGAAAACCCAACAGAUUGACGAUCUGGAGCGGGACAUCAACUCUUUGAGGAAGCAGGCAUCUGAGCAGGAGCAAAUCACUGGUCAACUGAAUGAAGACCUGGUUGACCUUAGAAAAGCCCAGGGUGAUCUGGCAGAGUUGGAAGCUGAAAGGAAAGCUGCUGCGGAAAUGAAGAGAAGCCACGCCGAGCUGGAGGUGCGGGUAGCGGCCCUUGAGGGUCAGGUGGCGGAGCUGGAGGAGCAAGUGAAGGUGGCCGGAGCGAACGCCUCAAAAACAGCUGACCUGGAGAAGCAGCUUCUGGAGAAGGAGACCCAGAUGGUGGCCCUACGCGCGACUUUGAGUGAACUCCAAGAAAAGCUUGCCGCCGUGGAGUCUGAGUGUCUACAGGAGGCCAGGCGCAAGGAGGCAGAGCGACGACGGGACCUGCUGAAAGCGGCGGAGGACGCCAUCGCUGAGAAGGAUGCUGAACUGGCCAGGAGGGCAGAGGAGCUCUCAAGGAUAAAGGAGGAGAUGAUCAGCAGUUCAGAUAAAGUCAAAAGCCUGAUGCUUGAACUGCAAAGAAAAGAAGAUGAUGACCUUAAGGAAAAGCUAGCUGAUUCCAAAAAGCAGAUCCAGCAAGUGCAAAAGGAGAUUGAAUAUCUGCGUGAAGAGCAAACAUCUCUCAAACGAAAGCUGAACGAAUCGGAGAAAGCGAAAAGCCAGCUUCUGACAAAUCUGAGCAGCAAAGACACCCUAAUCCAGCAGUUGAAGAGCGAACAGGCCAGUGAUGCCAGAUCCAAGGAAGAUCUGCAGAGGUACCAGAAAUCCUGUGAUGACCUUCGAGCCAAGGAGCAGAUUAUUGAAAACAUGCGGCUUGCGUUAAAAGAACAAGAGGACACUCAGGAGGAGCAAGACCGAGUUCUGGAAGCUCAGCUGGAGGAAAUAGAUUCUUUAAAUGAACAGCUACAGAAGCUGAAGGAAAACGUCCCGCCGGAGCGCAAUGAAGGUGGAGAAUCCGGCAAUUCGGAAGAAAGCAGUUUAAGUCAAUUUCUAGCUGCAAAACAAGAAAUCGAUCAACUCAAAGAGACGCUCGAGCUCACUAAAGAGAAGUUACAGGCCGACAGGAAGACGUGGCAUGAGGAGAAGAUUAUCCUGAUCGGUCAUGCAAAGGAGGCCGAGGAGAAGAGGAUCCAGGAGAUGAAGAAAUUUGCAGAGGACCGUGAGCGCUACGCCAAGAUGCAGACUGCAAUGGAGAAGCUCUCAAGGCAACUUUCUGACAAGGAUGCCGACCUUGCGAAGUGGAGGAAGGAGCGGGACUCACUGGUCACAGCCCUGGAAGUUCAGCUGACAAAGCUUGCAGCUAUCAAUACAAAGAAAGACGAACAGAUUACUGAGCUCUUAAAAAAAUGCAGUCUUCUGCCACAAGAGACCAACGACAAAAUUGAAAGUCUUCAGCACAUCUUAUCGGUGAAAGAAUCAGAAAUCGCAGCAUUAAGGGAACAACUGACUGUGGUUUCAAAUAAUGGCCAAGAAACGUCUCCUGUAUCCAAGAGGCGCGGGGAGUUGAGAAAAUCGACUGGCAAAAAUGAACCACCGGUUAGCAGUAAUACUAGACAAAACAUUAGGAGCUGUCAGGCUUCUGAGGAACAGGAGGCAUCCGUGCUGGACUCCUCUGAGAUCUCCACGGAGAGCGGGAGGACGAGCCGCUUCCCCAAGCCCGAGCUGGAGAUCCAGUUCACGCCGCUGCAGCCCAAUAAGCUGAACCUCAGGAGGCAGGGCGGUGACUCGGUGACAGUCAAGAUCACCAGGGCGGCCAGGAAGAGGAAGAGCACUGAAAUGGACAAGGAUGUGGUGGACAGUGAAAACAAGAAGAAUAACAUGAGAAUCACUAGGAUGAACAAGGACUAUGAGAAGUCUCUGUCUAUUCCCAAGAAAUCACCAGCUGCAUUCAGCAGAAACACACACACGAAACGAGAUGAGUCCCAAUCAACUCUGAGGAACAGGAAAGAUGGGGCUUUGCAGAAGAUCGGAGACUUCCUGCAGAGUUCCCCAAAUCUGCUUGGGAGCAAAGCUAAAAAGAUCAUGGAGCUUGUGCAGUCGAAAUCACCUGAACCGGAGGGUGACUCAACAAUUGGCCUGAAGCCAAAGAAGUCAAAACGAAAACUUUAUAAAACUGAAAUCUCAUCUCCCCUUGACAUCCCAUCCAACCCAAUCAUUCUUCCUGAUGAAGAGAAAGAGAGUGAUCAUAUUAUUAUCAAAAGAAGACUCAGGACCAGAACAGGCAAGAAAUAUUGACCAGGCUAUCGAUUACUCGAUACUUGUUUAAAAUUGUAAUUUCUUAUGUAUUAACAAGUAGAUCCUGUGUUGCUGAGAACUUUGCACUCUGACUUAAACCUAGAGACCAUUUCUUGGAGAGAUUUCUACGGUUAUGAAAGUACAAUGACAGGCAAAGUCUUUAAAAAAAACAAGCUAUUCCUUUGUCAUGUGACAUUUUUGAGUUUGUCUUGUCUGGAACAAAUUUUCAUAGUUGUAGCAUAAAUCAUUUGAUGUUAAUUUGCCAUUUUAUAUUAUUUUAUUUAAUUUUUAAGAAAAUAUAUGUACAUUUUUCAAAUGUUUUCACAUCCAUGCUGUAAUCGUUGAUUGUAUUAUUUGUAUGCGUUGUAUGUGGGCUGCUGUAAGUUCUGUGUAUUGAGGCUCGGCAGAAUGAAGAGAUGUGAACAAGUAACACGUUUCCCCCUCUUUCAUCUCAAUUUGAACAAACUUUGUGUUUCGAUUCCAGAUCAGGAAGCUUUAUGCUGUGGUGUCUGGUGAACAUGUAUGUCUGUGUAUUUUGUUGAUCAGGUUUCGUAGAAUAUGUCCUACAACAAGGAAUCCAGAGUCGUUAUUUUCUCGGGGUUCCCGAGACCUUCGCUGGUGUUUUCAAUAAAGCAGCGAGUGUUAUCUCUGA